CGCAAUUCGCGAAGCCGCCGCAGAUUGUAGUUCAAGUACGCUGUUAAAAUGCCACCGAAAAAAGGAAAAGGAAAGGGCAAAAAGGGCAAAAAAGAUGAGAAGAAAGACCCAAAUAAGCUGACCAAUGUGGAUCGCGCAUUCUGCGAUCUUACCAUCGCCGACCUCAAUCAGAAACUAGCACGCCUCCGUAGUCAUCUCGCUUCUUUGGACGACAACAAUAUAAACCUAAAAGAGAAGCUGCGCGAGAUCGAAGAAGAUCACACCGAUGUCGCGGCGCAUUUGGAACGCACGCUCGGCGAGCGUAACGAAACAAUUCAUGAGCUCGAGGAGCGACUAACCGAGAUCAUUAAAAUACGUGAAGCGGAGAAUCUACAGUCAGCGGAGAAGGUAAAGGAGCUAGAGACUAAGUACAAGUCUAUGCAUGACCAACUGACUUCGGAGAUUAAGCUGCUCAACGGUAAACUAAACUCGUUGGAUGAAUUUCGCGUGCAACGUGAUAUGCUGCUUGCCAAAUUUGACGACCAAGAGACAGAGUUGAAAGAGAAGGAGCGCGCUUACGUUGAAAUGGUUUACACCAUGGAACAGAAGGCUGUGGUCGAGAAGGAUGCGCUGAAAAAGGAGGUAGAGACCAAACUGCUGCAAGUAUCUGAGGAUUUCACGCGUUCCAACGAGAUACGCAAUGCCGGCUACACGCGUCUGAUACGUGAGAACAUUGCCUUGCAGAAGGAAAUUGAUAUAUUGGUGAUGUCACAAAUCAAAAUGCAACAACAGUUCAAUGAACAAGUCAUACGCCACAAGGAAAUGGCUGAGCAGUAUGCAUCGAUGGACCAGCUGAAGAAGCAAUUGAUACGCAAUUCGCAGAAUAAGAUCAAAAUCAUCGAGAGGCUCACCGAUAACUAUGAAAAACUUAAGGCCAAAUAUGUAGAGGUGGCAAGGUAUCGCAAAUUGUAUGAGACAGCUGUGAAACGUGACAUUUGUGAGCGUUUUAACUUCAAGGAUAUGUCAAAAAAGAUCCGCCACCUGGAACAGCGCGUCGAGGAAUUGAAGAUGGAAAAAUCGCGCUUCAUUGCAAUACAUCAGCAGCACGAAACGGAGAUCCAGCGAUUGCGUGACAUUAUCAUACAAAUAAAGACCACCGUACAAUCGGCCAUCGACGCCAUACACAGUCCGUGUGGCAAGGAGCGUGGCAAGGAUAGCGUCAAAGAAAGUAUUUCACAAGAUGCAAUGCGCCAAUUGAGACGUCAUGAUCUGCUCACCCAGUUGAUGGAAAUUGUGAGUAGUCACUCGGACGAGCUACCGCCAACGCCCUCCGUGCUAACAAUCUCACGUUCCACCUCCAGCGUCUAUCGUCCCGGCAAAAUGGGCUUACUGCCGCGCACCGCUUCCUCAUUGAUGGAGAUCUUUAAGCUCACGGCACACAAGGCCGCCUCUACAGACAUUGCUGUGACCGAGUAUCAAAUACAACAGGUGGAGAGUAAGAUUAUACCAAAAGCACGUGAGUUAGGUGGUCAAAAUUUAUUCGAUGUGGAAAUGGGAUCCACUUUGUAUGCAUCAUCUUCGCACGAGGAACUCGAAACAGUGAUGCCCGUUGAAGAUGCGCAGGCGGAGGAUGAGGAUGAGGGUGAGUCCAGUAGCGUCGACUACGGUUCGUCAGCUACUCAUACCACAGUCAAACCAUCGGUGGUGUCCAUUCCGGGUGGUGGCGACGGAACACCGGACACCGGCGAACGGCUUUCAGUGAGAUCUUCGCGGCCAUCACGUCGUUCGGAAAUCGGUGAAUCUGGAUCGCGGCGCGCUACGGAAUCAGGAUCACGUGUCUUGUACGAUGUUGAGUAUGACGAAGGCGACGAGGAGUAUUCAAUUAAUUUGUUUUAUUAA